AUGGGUUCCGUCAGGAUGCCGCGAUCCCGUUCUCCCGCCCAGUCCGCCCCCCGGAAACAGUCGCCACGCCCUGCUGCUCCCCAGCAGCUCUCUACGAAGCCCGCCCAUUCGAAACCCAUGGUCAUCCCGGUCCGCAGCCAGCCCCAGCAAGCUCCGCAGCCCGCCCGCAGCAGAGGACCCCACGGCUCUCGCAAGCACCGCUCGUCUUCCGAGCACCAUCCCAACGCCGUCCCGCCUGCCGUUGCAGCACUGCUCGCUGUGACGUCGAUUCCCAGACCGCGCCGCGCCUCUUCGCCGCGCCGUCGCCUGCAGUAUGCCGACCGCCGCAUCUCCAUCGACGAGCUCAUCGAGGAAUGGAGAGCCGAGGACAAGGAGAUCUCACCCGGCAGCUAUGGAUCGCCGUUGGACAUUUUGUUGGAGCGUGUCGAGGAUUGCGAUACUGACGACAGCUUGAGCUUUGACGGAAGCCAGAAGGAACGCGGCUUCGCCUCUCCUCGCUCCAUCUCGAGCGAGUCCAUCCCAUCUGUGCCCGACCUGGACGAGGAUCGGUCCAUCCUCUCCUGGAGCAGUCCUUCCACCCCGAGGUCGCCAUCAUUGGCAAGACGGGCAGGCGAGCGGAGGGAGAAGAGGGUCGUGUCGUCACCGCCGAAAGAGGAAGCUAUCCUUGACCACCCCCUACUGCAUUAUGGCUUCGUCGAGAAUGAAGACGAGACACCGGAACCCCCGGCCCCUGAGGUUAAGAUUGAACGUCAAGCGCCCGCAUCAAGGCUGAAGUCAGCUUUCACUUCGAACCUCACCGCAUCUAUCCAGGCACUGAAAUCGGCGGCGAAGUCUUUUUCCAACUUCACAGCUCCGAGCGUUCCGCCCGACGAUCUCCUUACUCGCUCUCUGCUGUCUCCCCGGUUUGCGAGUGAGAUGCGCCCCAAAAACUUCCAGGGUACCCCCGAUCCGGCUCUUCGCCGCUAUCUUAACCCCAGCACUUCGAACAGGACGCUUUCGCCGACCGAACUCUCGCAGCAGCUCCACGAGGCCCUCUUGCACGGCCAACCCGUGGAUGACCCCAGCGACGGGCCCAUGAUUCAGAUGCAAACAUACGAGCGCCGCUCACGCAGCCAAUCUCGCGGCAAGCGCCGUACCACAGACCCCGCGUCAGAGGCCGGCCGUGCCUUGAGCCCGCAGCCAGCCGUGCGCCAGAGAGAACCCCGCGAAAACAGCGACUUCCUACGUGUCAUUGUGCUGGAGAUGAACAUGCGCCGCGAAGGCAAGCUUGACGCGCGUGCUUUGGGCAAGGCCAGGAUCUGGCUUCCGCCUCGCAAGACCGGCGCGCGUAGCGAAGAGGAGGACGCAGUCAACGGCGUUCCGGUCCGAUGGGUGGGUGUGCUGGCAGAUGCGCGUUGA